UCGCCAGACUGGACGCAUUAUCUUACGCUCCGGGAAUGGGAUCUUUACUGGGUUCAAAGAAAAACUUCGAGUUCUUUCGAAUUUACGCUUUGCAGAAGCUCCUUUUCAAACUACAGGGAUAGUUGUUACUGCAGGCGCAGGGUGACAGCAGCGGAGAGCCACUGGCCAAUGACGUCCAAGACGCACGAGAAGUUGUCAGGGAGUUUCAGACGCUAAGAAUCCGUUUGACAUCACGAGGUGAGCUGUCUGAAUUCAAUGACCAGGAGAUUCUGGUAAUUUGAGACCAUAGUUAUUCCAACCGAGGCGUGCGUAAAACAUCUGUGCGUAAAGUUGGAGCUGUUGCGCACGAUUCAAAUUUAGCUUCACUGGGGGCGCCUAAUGCAAGAACGCACAAAAGACGAACGAUUUGUUAACUUUUAAUCUGUGGUGAGAAUUCUGUCAAAAUUUAACAGCCAUGGCAAAAUGGUUCAGAGAUUUCCCCAUCAACCUGAAGAACGGAACCGAAAGGGUCCGCUCGGCCUCUGAAUCUGGUCCACAAACUCGACCCAAACCCUCGUUUUCUCGCGACAGUCUGAAGGGAAAUCAGCGCAAAGACGGCGGAGUGGGGGGUUUAUUGGCAGGGAGAAAUAGGAAAAAUUCAGCCACAGAAUUGGGUCGUAACAAUGCUGGUUCAGUGGGGACGGUUUGGGACAGUCUCACAUCUGGAAAAGGUCGCAAGAACUCCAAGAUCGAGACUGGGACGUCAGAUGAGAACCGCCAGGUCAGGACCACCAGUUUGGCACAAGCGUAUAUCAGCAGAAUGAUUAAAGUGGACAAACAAGACAAGACCCCCAAACUGAACGGGAUAAUUGAACAGAAGCAGCUUGAGAAUGAAAAGGGAAAAUCUGACAUUAAAACAACGCUGAUCAUCUUGGAGGACUAUGCGGAUCCUUUUGAUGCAGAGAAAACCAAGGAGCAGAGGGAGGCUGAGCGAGCAGGAGUGAAUGAUGGGUACAUGGAGCCCUACGAUGCCCAGGUCAUCAUCACAGAGGUUCGUAGACGGGGCUCCAAAGACCUCCUGAAAGUGUGCGUUCUGCUGGACCGAGGCAAGAAAGAGGGGAAGGACGAAGAAGGAAAACCACCGCCCCCAAACAUCUACGACACACCGUACGAGGGCGGGCUGGAGGGUGACAGUGGGGGGGUGUGGAUCCCUGUCACACGGCCAGAGUCUGACGUCCGUCCCGCUGGAGAGUACGAACUGCCGUGGGAGUGGAGAAAGGAGGACAUUGUUAGAGCGCUGUCAGCUCAGUUCGAGGCAGUUGAUUGUUCUCCCACUAAAGAGAACGGUUCAACCUCCACCCGCCAGCAGCAGCAGCCCCAACAACACACCCUGAGGCAGAAGAACUGGAACCAUAAAAUACUCGUACCGUCCUCUCCAUCCUCCUCCUCUUCUCCCUCCUUCCCCUCGUCGCCCAUUCUCAAACUCUCCCCUCUCACACCCCCAUCUCCCUCUUUCCCCACCCUGAAACUCUCACCCCUCUCACCCUCCUCUAGUCCCAACAAACUGUCCCCUCCGUCUCCUACCUCCCCCAGUUCCCCGCUGGAUGGGGACGCAGCCAAAGUGGACCCCAGCCUGCCCCUGGAGAAGCAGAGCUGGUACCAUGGCAGUGUGAGUCGGCAACAGGCUGAGGCUCAGCUGCAGCGCUGCAGGGAAGCCAGCUUCCUGGUGAGGGACAGCGAAUCAGGAACCAGCAAGUACUCCAUCGCACUGAAGACCAGUCAGAGUUGUGUGCACAUCAUCGUGGCCCAGACGAAGAGCGUUAAGGGUUUGGGCUUCACACUGGACCAGAGCAGCUGCGUCUUCUCCAGUAUCCCAGAGCUGGUCCACCAUUACUGCACACACAGACUGCCUUUCACUGGAGCAGAGCACAUGACCCUGCAGCAUCCUGUGCCCAGGCCACACUGAACAUGCACAGGAGAAUGAACAAACACUGGGACAUAAAUACACAUGCGCAGAGACAUGCACACAUAAACUUGUUAAUACAUGUGCACACACACAUAGUCAAAGGUAUGCUGCUUUGGAUCAUCCUGUGCACCACCCUAAAAGUUUAUGUUUUUAUCUCCUCCAUGCGCUACCUAGUGGUCAAAAUAAUGCAUUACAAUAAUCAUUGAUCACAUUGUUAUAGUGGUAAUUGUUACCAAUCUAAAAACCCUGCUGAAUGUAUUUACAGCUACAGGAAAACCAGCCGUUUGUCGUUGCCUCAUUGUCUCGUUCAUUGGCCUUACAGAUGAUACUCAGUCUCAAGCAAACCAAAUAGAUUUCUCUAAUACCUCAAACAAUGCACUUACUGUAACCAAUCUGAUAUUUGAAGUAAUCUGUUAUCUGUAAUGUCCCUUUACACAAAGGUGCUGGCAUCAUCAAUUAUCGCCAUGCCAUCCAGUCAGGCUUGGACUAUGAGAUCAAUACACCUGAUUGGAGUAUAUUCAUUCAUCCAUCUGACAUGUCAAUCAGCCUAUUGAUCUAUCAUGAAAAUCAGGCUCAUUUGCCAGCCACUCUGCCUGUCAAGAGAAAGAGCUUCAUCGAUUAAAUGAUUAGAACUAGUGUAGUGGGAGGGGUCUCGUAACAUUACUGUGCCCAGUCAGCGAAAUUUGUUUGAGUGUGUGUAAGCGUGCAGAAUAAAUAUGUGAAUAUCAUGUCCAUGAACAUGCCCUCGCUGUAAUCUAAAUAUGAGGUUGUGUUUAAAAAGCUAUCUUACUGUAUUGUGAGUGAACUAAAAACUGUACCCUAAAAUGUACCUAAAUGAUGUAUGUGUGAAGUGAUUUUUCUAAUAACAUCAAUCGCACAAUGAUGUGAGCUGUAUAUUAUUGUUGUAAGACUUUUAUUCAGUAAAUAAAAUAAAAUUCAUAUUAAAGC